CAUAGGGCCCACCUGAGGCGCGGUUCAUAUGUGUCAUUUCCGCCCCGGCGGCGCUGACUCGUCUGUGCGGCGGUGGCGGCGGGAGGGACGAUGAAGCUUCCACUUCUUGCCGUGUUUGCCCUGGUGUCUGUGGCUCGCUGCGAGGAUGGUGCCAGGCUCCUGGCCUCUAAAUCCCUGUUAAACAGAUAUGCAGUGGAGGGCAAGGACUUGACUUUGCAGUACAACAUCUACAAUGUUGGCUCCAGUGCUGCCCUAGAUGUGGAGCUGUCGGAUGAUUCUUUCCCCCCAGAAGAUUUUGGCAUCGUCUCCGGCAUGCUCAAUGUCAAGUGGGACAGGAUUGCUCCAGCGAGCAAUGUGUCCCACACCGUGGUUCUACGGCCUCUUAAGGCUGGGUACUUCAACUUCACCUCUGCCACCAUCACGUACCUGGCACAGGAGGGUGCCCAGGUGGUAGUUGGCUUCACCAGUGCUCCUGGGCAGGGAGGAAUCCUGGCUCAGCGUGACUUCGACAGGAGGUUCUCCCCUCACUUUCUGGACUGGGCGGCGUUUGGCGUGAUGACCCUGCCCUCCAUCGGGAUCCCCCUGCUGCUCUGGUACUCGAGCAAGAGGAAGUAUGACACACCCAAGAGCAAAAAGAACUGAGCAGAGUCCAAUGCCAUGAGCAGCCCAGAGCUCGGGAAAGGACACCCCCAAACCCCCAAGAACAGUGGCUGGGUCGGGAUGGCACUGUCCCCUGCGAGGUGCUGCCUGCGCUGUGCUUCAGCCCUCUGGGCCAAGGAUCCAGUGGCUGCAGCAGCAGCUGUGAGGUGUCCUCUGUGUUCUAAUGGAGAAACAAGCAAACAGAAAAAAGAACAACCACAAGUCCCAAA